CAUGGAAAUUAACUGACUUUUCCGGCAUUGACUGACCCAUGAGUCGCAGGGGUCCGACUCAGAGGCUCAAAGGCAGAUCGGUGGAAGUUGUUUUGUUGGAGCAAUCCCUGUGUGGGUUUUGGUCCCGAGUAGUAUUGGACAUUUCCGAUACUAAUUCAUUAAAUUGGAAAGUCAGAAAUUUGGGUUAGUCUGCUGAGGGGCUGAGCUCCAGGAUGAAGUUUGGAGGGGAUUUUUCAGUUCCGGGGGAUGAGGAUUUUCGGUCUAUGCCUCCUUGGAAGCCGGUAACACCCCAGAAGCCUCUUCCGUUAAAACCUCACAAUAUCAUGCUUAACCCUCAGGGGAAUCACCUGCCAGCAGCAGAUUACCAACAUGAAUUCGGGAAUGUACAAUUGGGUGAUAAUUACAGUGGCAUGAGCCAAGCUUUCAGCCCAAUUGUCCAGUUUCCUAGAAAUGUUGGGUUUUAUAGUGUUGGAGGAGGUCUGGCUCCGCAGAAUGGAAUGACAAAUCACAUUGCAGGUUCUUACCCACAGUUUCUUGGUAGUGACAGCUCAAGUUGGAAUGAUGGAUUAUUCCCACAACUGCUACCUCAGGACAAUACAGCUGCAGUUUACGUUGCCUCUGCAAAUGUGAAUUAUAGCAGAUACGUUGACAUGGCAGCAAAUGCACCUCCAACUCCUAACUUGUAUCCUCAAGUGGCCAACAAAAGAAACAAUUCAAGUAGUUUCAUGCUGACCAACCGAAAUUGCAACAAUGGUUCAUACCAUUCAAGUCCGGUGAUGAGCAGGCCCGUGGUUGUGGAUUUCCCUUCUCAUUUUGAUGUGAGUCAGGGGCACUCCAAUGUAACUAAUUGGUUGCUUAACAACGAAAAUCACAGCUCAAGUGCAAACCUGUUGAGUAACGAUGACAGGUCACCCCAUAUAAGCCAGAAUGUUUUCCCCAUGCCCUUGCGACCAAGCUAUGAUCUGAAUCUAAACUUCAUACCGGGAACAGAAGCGGAUACUACUUCAUGUGCUCCUAGCCAACUCCAAUUCACACCAUAUAGGGCCAACAUUUUGGAGAACAACCAGCAUUCUUCAAUACAAACAUGGUUGACAGGUGAAAGUUGUAGCAAGGAAAAUGAGAAGCAGGUGGACUUUUUCACGUCUACAGGAGAUGUAGCAAUUGAGAAUCAUGGUGCAGAACUCUUGCAGAAUAUCGUGGAGUCAGCUUCUGCAGCCUUUCCUACACCAUACAAGGAAAACAAAGAUUCUGACCAUGAAAGUGAGAGAGGUAUCGAUCUAAACCAGACACCCCCGCACAAAACACCCAAGAGGAGAAAACACAGACCAAAAGUAGUUAUAGAAGGCAAACCCAAAAGGACUCCAAAGCCUGCAGCUGAAAAGAAUGCAGAGCCUAAGGAGCCCCGAACAGGAAAGAGGAAGUACACCAGAAAAAUUAUCCAAAAGGAAUCCUCAAGUCAAGUAGCAGACGGUACAAGCCAAGCAACAUACCAAAAGGAGCCCCGAACAGGAAAGAGGAAGUAUACUAGAAAAAAUAUCCAAAAGGAAUCCUCAAGUCAAGUAGCAGAUGAUACAAGCGAAGCAACGUACCGUAAUGCUGGAAUAGGUGCAAAAACAUGCAGGAGAGUUCUAGAUUUUGAUCUGGAUGUGACCACAGUUGAAAAGCAGGGCAAAGCUGCUAGAAUUAAUCAGUCUAAAAUGAAGUCCUCUAAUUUGAUUGACCUAGAGAAUGAAGUGCCAGUUGAAAAGCAGACACCGGAAACUACGAGUUACCCUAGCCCUUCGUUGAGUCAUUUGCGAAGUAAUUAUAUAAUUCUUCCAGAAGGAGGAGAAUCUACAGUGCUUCUUGCUACAAGAGGAGACACACAGAUAAACAAUUUGCAUGACGCAAGAAUUCAUGCAGAUAGUCAAUAUGAAUCUGCUCCCAUGCUACAACCUAGCUAUGCUGAAGGCAUAGCUAAACAUGCCAUGCAAGCAAAGACUAAUGGUGAAAACCAUGAGAAGACUAAAGAAAGUGCUAAUCAGGAUGCCUUUCAGUCAGCAAUAAAAUCUUUGUCCCCUGCUAAUGAAGGAAGGAAAUCCAAGAGGGAGUAUUGUCAUAAUAUUCAGCAGACACGUAUUUGUUCCAACUAUCUGCCUAGUUCACUUUUGUGCGAGGAGACAUUUGAAUUUGGUUGCCAUCAGGAAAGUAGCUCCAGUAUCAGCAAAUCGAGCCAUAAGAAGCAGAGAGUUGACACUGGAUACUUGUCCAUCCAUGACAUGCCUUUGAAAGUCAUACCAGUUGAGGAUGAUCUUGGAAGAUCUGAAAGAAAAAGGGCAAAUGAUGCCAACUCAAACGGGUUUGCUGCAGCACUGAAUCACACAAUACUGCAUUCUUACAUUGGAAGUAACAUAGUGAAAGAGAGAGAAAACACUGGGGUCAACAAGUGUACCAGUGACAGGUUCAUUGAACCCAUAGCUUCUGGGCAUAAUUUACCAAAGCAGCAGAUGCCUAUCAAAUCGAAUUCCUUCAAAGACAUCACUCAAGUUCUUAGCUUCUCUACCAAUUCCACAACUGACACAUGUAAUCAGCUUGUCUCGUCACCUCCCAAAAAAUCCUCUCGACGAGGGAAGAGGCAGGAAUUGCAAACUCAGGAACAUAAGUCAGCAACGAAGCAGACUGUGAGAUAUACCGUGUUGGAAUCGGCUUUAUCAAGUACAGAAAAAAGGCUGCAAGAACAGAAUUUCUUGCAUGAUCAUCAACAGUCUUUUACAAAAACAUCAGGGCUUCUGCUAAAAACAAUAUAUCCUUCAUUUAUGGAUGACAUCAUAUAUCGAUUUAGUGUUCUGAGCAUCAAUGGGAGUUGCAAUGAAUCUAUGGAUCAAGAGCGAAAUGCACUUGUUCCAUACAAAGGAGAUGGUGCAAUUGUUCCCUAUGAAGGGGCUGAGUAUAUUAAGAAACGUAAACCACGACCUAAAGUAGAGCUUGACUCGGAAACAAAUAGGAUUUGGAACCUUCUGAUGGGGAAGGAAGGAAUUGCAGGCACUGAAGGACCUGACAAGCAAAAGCAGAAGUAUUGGGAAGAUGAAAGAAAGGUUUUCCAAGGUCGAGUAGACUCAUUCAUUGCACGCAUGCACCUUGUGCAAGGGGAUAGACGUUUUUCUCGGUGGAAAGGAUCAGUUGUUGACUCAGUGAUCGGAGUUUUCCUUACUCAAAAUGUUUCAGACCAUCUAUCAAGCUCUGCCUUCAUGUCUUUGGCAGCAAGAUUUACGAGCAAACACCAAACACAAGACAAGGUUGGGACAGACAUAUUGGUUAAAGAACCGGAACUAUGCAUUCCAAUCCCAGAUGAUGCUACCAAAUCUCCUGAAAAUAUAAUAAGGCAACCAAUCUAUAACCCUGUCUUUAUGGCACCCUAUGCAUCUGCAGAACAUCUGAGAGACAGUGUGAAUUCAGAGAGGAACAUAAUGGAGGCACAUAGUCAAUGUUUGGAGGAAGAAUUUGUAUCUUCUCAAGAUUCUUUUGGUUCCUCAGUUACUCAAGGAACUGCAGAAAAUAGAUCAUAUUCGGCAUCGAACUCAGAAGCAGAAGAUCCUACUGCUAGGCGCCAAACCAACAAGGUUUGCUGUAAUUCAGCAUACCCUCCGAUGGACAAAGAUAUCAUAUUUCAAGACUUUUACCAUGAAGUACAAGGAAUUCCUCUAUUAGAUGAUGGAUCCAGGCAGAAGCACUCAAAGUGGGAGCAGCUAAAGACAAGAUCAGGCAAAAUAGAUGAUUUCAGGAGCACUUAUUCAGUCACAAAUCCAAUCAAUCUUGACAGCCGAAAAAUGCGACCUUCAAUUCCUCCUUCAACCAGCAAUCAUAUCCACAUGUACCAAAGUUCUGGAGAACUAGAGCCAUUUGGAUUGGAAAGUUUCAGUGAAGAAAGCAUAUCAUCAUAUUGGCCUUCAACAGCUCCCAAGGUCAAUAUGGAAAAAGAUGACAGUAACAAGAGCUUCAGAAAUAUAGAAUUGUCAGGAACUGUUGUUAGUUCAUCCGUGGAACAAAAUACUUUGUGGAGGUUUCAAGAACCUGCCAUAAAGGAUCCAUAUGAUGCUCUCAGACUGCCCUCAACAAAUCAGCCGAAUUAUUCUCAGCCAAGAUCCUAUGAAUAUUAUCAACCUUCUUGCAACAGUCAUCAAUAUGAGGGGAACCAAACCUUCCAAACACAAGUGAAAAAAAAUUCAUUCAUAGAGCCUGUAAAACAUAGUCAACGACUUCCAGAAAAGAAGUAUGAUAACAUGCAGCAUGUCCCAAAUGUCAAUCAGCUGAAUACGAAAUCUUCAAAUGCCAGAGAUAGUACCUGUACCUCUAUAGUGAACAAUGGGUCAGUUUGUCCAAGUGCGAAGGAGAAAUAUUCCCAUGAAAGGUCACAGAAUGAGACUAGUAAGAAUAUUUCGAGAGGAAGGAAGAAAAAGUCCGAAAGUGACAAAAAGAAUACAGUUGACUGGGAUAAUUUAAGAAAGCAGGUGUUUGCCGAUGGUAGAAAAGAGGACAGAAACAAAGAUGUGAUGGACUCCCUUGACUAUGAAGCACUUAUAAAUGCCGAUGUUAAAGAGAUUUCUGAUGCUAUCAGAGAGCGAGGGAUGAACAACAUGCUAGCUGAGCGAAUUCAGGAAUUCCUAAAACGAGUGGUUAAAGACCAUGGAAGCAUCAAUUUGGAAUGGCUGAGAGAUGUGCCCCCUGAUCAAGCAAAGGAUUAUCUAUUAAGUAUUCGAGGUUUGGGCUUGAAAAGUGUGGAAUGUGUUCGUCUUUUGACACUGCAACACCUUGCUUUCCCGGUUGACACAAAUGUUGGAAGAAUAGCAGUACGACUGGGAUGGGUUCCCCUCCAAACGCUCCCUGAAUCACUUCAGCUACACCUCUUAGAACUGUACCCGAUGCUAGACUCAAUCCAAAAGUAUCUCUGGCCAAGAUUAUGCAAACUUGAUCAAUUAACCUUGUAUGAGUUACACUACCAGAUGAUUACGUUUGGAAAGGUUUUCUGCACAAAAAGUAAACCAAACUGCAAUGCAUGUCCAAUGAGAGGAGAGUGUAGGCACUUCGCAAGUGCUUUUGCAAGUGCUAGACUUGCCCUGCCGGGGCCAGGGGAGAAGAGCAUUGUCAGUUCAACUAGUUCACCUGUAGCUGAGAAGAACCCUGCUGUAGCUGGCAAUAUAAUGUCACUACCUCCACCUGAAAACUACCCCCUUCAGAAAGUAGGUGCUCAUAGAAGUGAACCAAUCAUAGAAGAACCAGCAUCACCAGAGCAAGAAUUCACUAACCUAUCACACAGUGAAAUUGAGGACUUGUUGAAUGAGGAGGAAUAUGACGAUGAUCCUGGUGAUGUUACUCAUAUCAAUAUCAGUAUGGAACAGCUCACAGACACAUUACAAGACCAUAUGCAAAAUAAUAUGGAUCUCAAAGACGGCGACUUGUCCAAGGCUUUAGUUGCUUUGAAUCCAGCAGCCGCUUCUCUACCUACACCCAAGCUCAAGAAUGUCAGUCGACUACGGACAGAGCACCAAGUGUAUGAACUACCAGAUUCACAUCCACUGUUGGAAGGGAUGGACAGACGGGAACCAGAUGAUCCAAGCCCAUACCUUCUUGCUAUAUGGACACCAGGUGAAACUGCGAAUUCCUUUCAACCACCAGAAAGCAGCUGUGGCUCCAAAGAAGGAAACACAUUGUGCAGUGAGAAGACAUGCUUUUCAUGCAACAGUAUAAGAGAAGAAAAGUCACAGAUAGUCAGAGGGACAAUUUUGAUUCCUUGUAGAACAGCAAUGAGAGGGAGCUUUCCACUCAAUGGCACAUACUUCCAGGUUAAUGAGAUGUUUGCAGAUCAUGCUUCUAGUGCCAACCCAAUAGAUGUUCCAAGGGGGUGGAUAUGGAACUUGCCAAGACGACCUGUAUACUUUGGAACUUCUGUAACAUCAAUAUUCAGAGGUCUAACAACAGAGGGGAUCCAGUACUGCUUUUGGAGAGGAUACGUUUGUGUAAGGGGCUUUGACAGAAGUACAAGAGCACCAAAACCCUUAAUUGCCAGAUUGCACUUUCCGCAGAGUAAGAUGACCAAGACAAGAGAUGAAGAGUAAGGAACUGAAGUACAGAUAAAACAGACCGUGGCACAGAGAAGAUUUUCAUCAAGAGAUCAGAUCACUGACUUUAUGAAAAGAAGACCAAUGACUAACAAAUUUUAGCACAUUCAAUUAUUCUUCCU